GCGCCUUCCGGUUGGUCCCUGAGGCGACGGGUGAGGCACAGCUGAGCGCCAAAGCCACAGGCUGGGGCGCUAACGCCCCCGCUCAGCGCUCUGCGCUCCAGACAGCUGCGAGCUGGAGUAGGAAGGUUCAGGCGGUGGCGGAGAGUGCGCUGGAGGCUGGAGGGCCAGGAGGCGGGAAGCUUCCCGCACGGGGGCGCUGUUACCUGCCUGUGGGAGGAGCCAGAGAGGGACCUGGCUCUGCUGCUCUGAAGCACCGGAGUCGGGAGAACCCUUCCAGACAUGAAGAGCGCCAAAGGUAUUGAGAACUUGGCUUUCGUCCCCUCCAGCCCAGACAUCCUGCGCCGCUUGUCUGCGUCGCCCUCCCAAAUCGAAGUCUCUGCCUUGUCCUCUGACCCCCAGAGAGAGAAUUCUCAGCCACAGGAGCUUCAGAAGCCCCAGGAGCCCCAGAAGUCACCAGAGCCAUCUCUGCCUUCAGCCCCUCCCAAUGUCUCCGAAGAGAAGCUCCGGUCACUGUCGCUGUCCGAGUUUGAGGAGGGGCCUUACGGCUGGAGGAACUUCCAUCCUCAAUGUCUCCAGCGCUGCAACACACCUGGAGGCUUUCUGCUUCACUACUGCCUCUUGGCCGUCACACAAGGUAUUGUAGUUAAUGGCCUAGUAAAUAUUAGCAUUUCCACUGUUGAGAAGCGUUAUGAAAUGAAGAGUUCCCUGACUGGCCUGAUUUCAUCAAGCUACGAUAUUUCAUUCUGUUUGUUGUCUUUAUUUGUAUCAUUCUUUGGUGAAAGAGGACAUAAGCCGAGAUGGCUUGCAUUUGCAGCCUUUAUGAUUGGACUGGGAGCACUUGUAUUCUCAUUGCCACAAUUUUUCAGUGGAGAAUAUAAAUUGGGGUCUCUUUUUGAAGACACUUGUGUAACAACAAGGAAUAGCACCAGUUGUACAUCUUCAACUUCUUCACUUUCUAACUACUUGUAUGUCUUCAUCUUGGGACAACUAUUGCUGGGGGCAGGAGGAACUCCUCUUUAUACUCUGGGAACAGCCUUUCUUGAUGAUUCUGUGCCCACACACAAGUCUUCUCUCUAUAUAGGAACUGGUUAUGCUAUGUCAAUCUUAGGUCCUGCUAUUGGCUAUGUAUUGGGAGGACAACUGCUAACCAUAUACAUUGAUGUUGCUAUGGGAGAAAGCACUGAUGUCACUGAGGAUGAUCCGCGAUGGUUGGGAGCUUGGUGGAUUGGGUUUCUUCUAUCAUGGAUCUUUGCUUGGUCUUUAAUAAUACCUUUUUCUUGCUUUCCAAAACAUUUACCAGGUACAGCAGAAAUUCAAGCUGGAAAAACUUCCCAGGCUCAUCAGAGUAAUAGUAAUGCAGAUGUGAAAUUUGGAAAAAGUAUUAAAGAUUUUCCAGCUGCUUUAAAGAAUUUGAUGAAGAAUGCUGUCUUUAUGUGUUUAGUUCUAUCAACUUCUUCAGAAGCCUUAAUUACUACUGGAUUUGCUACAUUUUUACCUAAAUUUAUAGAAAAUCAAUUCGGAUUGACAUCCAGCUUCGCAGCUACUCUUGGAGGGGCUGUUUUAAUUCCUGGAGCUGCUCUCGGUCAAAUUUUAGGUGGCUUCCUUGUUUCAAAAUUCAAAAUGACAUGUAAAAACACAAUGAAGUUUGCACUGUUCACAUCUGGAGUUGCACUUACGCUGAGUUUUGUAUUUAUUUAUGCCAAAUGUGAAAAUGAGCCGUUUGCUGGUGUAUCUGAAUCAUAUAAUGGGACUGGAGAAUUGGGAAACUUGAUAGCCCCUUGUAAUGCCAAUUGUAACUGUUCGCGAUCAUAUUAUUAUCCUGUCUGUGGAGAUGGAGUCCAAUAUUUUUCUCCCUGCUUUGCAGGCUGUUCAAACCCAGUUGCACACAGGAAGCCAAAGGUAUAUUACAACUGUUCCUGUAUUGAAAGGAAAACAGAAAUAACAUCCGCUGCAGAAACUUUUGGUUUUGAAGCUAAAGCUGGAAAAUGUGAAACUCAUUGUGCGAAACUGCCCAUAUUCCUUUGCAUUUUCUUUAUUGUAAUUAUUUUUACCUUUAUGGCUGGUACUCCUAUAACUGUGUCUAUCCUAAGGUGUGUUAAUCACAGACAACGGUCCCUAGCCUUGGGAAUACAAUUUAUGGUCCUUCGAUUAUUAGGAACAAUACCUGGACCAAUUAUAUUUGGUUUCACGAUAGACAGCACGUGUAUUCUUUGGGAUAUAAAUGAUUGUGGAAUUAAAGGAGCUUGCUGGAUUUAUGAUAACAUCAAGAUGGCCCAUAUGCUAGUAGCCAUAAGUGUUACUUGUAAAGUUAUCACCAUGUUCUUCAAUGGAUUUGCAAUCUUUUUGUAUAAACCACCUCCAUCAGCCACAGAUGUGUCAUUUCAUAAAGAGAAUGCAGUUGUGACUAAUGUUUUAGCAGAACAGGAUCUCAACAAAAUAGUAAAAGAAGGGUGAAAUGGGAAAAGAGAAGACUGUUUUACACCUGAAAAAUUUACCUCGAUUUUUAAGAACACACAUUGCCAUGGCAGCAUUAUCUAUCCAAUAUGAACAAUCAUAUUUACAAAAUUGAUGUUUUUAUAAUCAAAUGUAUUUUUUUACUUAUGUAGUUUUUGUUUUAUGCAAGAAACAGACCUGUGCCUUCAAAGCCCACGUAAAGCCUCAAAACACAGCACACACACACACGAGCACACACACACACACACACACCCGAACACACACACACACACGAACACACACACACACACGCACACAUACACACUUAUUUCCUAUUCCCAUUGUCUAGGUAUGAAAUCCUCAAGCAAUAACAAGAAAAAAGGCCCACAAUUAGAAAAAUUUACAUUUAAAAAAAUGUUGUUUCUAUCCCCAUUACAACUUGUUUAAUUUUAAUUUUCAUUGCCAAUAUUUUGAGCUUAGAACAUUUAUGGUAUAAAAAUUUAAACUAAUCAAAGUUGUGUGGUGAUUUCCGGGAAUUAUUAUUGAAAGCCUAUGAAUUUAAAACCAGGUUUACCGUGUAAUUUGUUUUUAAAUUUAUGUAUACUAGCCUGGCCUUUCUCCAAGCAAAUUAUUGAACUAUUAGAAUAUGUUAGUUAUCAUCCUUGUGUCUUAGUAUAUAGUGAAUACAGAAACAUCAGCAUUGUAUACACAUAUUUUCACUUUAACUCAAGAAUUCCAGGAGGUAAUUUGUUGAUAUUACAAUUUUUAACACAUUUAUGAUUCUGUGAUAAUAUUAUUCAAUUACAUAUAUUUCAGAGGAAAGUACCAGUCAGUAAAGAAAAAUGCCAACUAAACAUGAAACUAUUGAUCAAUACUUAUAUACCUUUAAUUUUUCUUAUUUGAAAAGCCAACCACUUAACACAUUACUCAUAGCACCUAAGACAGUGCCUUGCAUAGUGUAGUCAUCUAUUAUUAUUGUUUAAUUAAAAUAUUAAACCCUACCCUUUAACUCAGCAGUCCCCAACCUUUUUUGCAUCAGGGACCAUUUUUGUGGAAGACAAUUUUUCCAUGGGGGAAGAAGGUAUGGUUUUGAGAUGAAACUGCUCCACCUCAGACCAUCAGGCAUUAGUUAGAUUCUCGUAAGGAGAGUGCAACCUAGAUCCCUUGCAUGUGCAGUUCCCAAUGGAGUGUGCAGUGUGCACUCCUAUGAGAAUCUAAUGCCACUACUGAUCUAACAAGAGGUGGAGCUCAGGCAGUAAUGCUCACUCACCUGCCUCUCAGCUCACCAACUGUGUGGCCCGAUUCCUAACAGGCCACACACAGCCCAGGGCUGGGGACCCCUGCUUUAACUGAUGCAUUGAUUUGAUAAAGUAUUUUACAAGCCUGAUAAUGUUAUAACCCUAUUUAUUCAGGUCAGAUUUAUGCCAACUUUGCUGAGAAUAUGGAGGGUAUAGAUGAGUGAACAUCAACAAACAUAACUUCUACCAUGGUUAAGAAUUUUACUUAGGAAAAGUAUUGAAGUUCAAAUCCAGAUAGUAUUACAUUUGAAAUUGUUAUAAGGGUUAUUAAUUUAAUAAAAUUCAUCAUCAGGUUUCCCCUAUAAGCUUUCUCCUAGGUUAAUUUUCCACAAGCAUUGUUUUAUAUACACUGUAAUCAGGAUAACACAAGCUUAGUGUUAGAUCUUGUAGGAAACCAAGAUUAGAAACAUUAGAAAUUUGCAGAAUUUAAGAAAUUAUGUUUUGUGGUAAUCUAUGGCCAACGAUGAUAGAACCUAGCGCAAUUGUAAAGUGAAAUUCAAGGAGAAGGAAUGAGGAGUUAGGGAAGCAGCACACUUGAAUAUUAGAGAAGGAGAGGAGCUGCGGGUCAGGAAUCAGAGAGACCUGCUAAAACCAGACAGAUAUAAACACCAAAGACGGAAGCCAAAUAGGUAGCCAAAAAUCCAGAUAUUUGAGAAGCAGGAAAUUUAUAGCAACCAAAGAAAUAGGGCAAGAGAGGCAGGUGAACACA